AUGAAAUUUUUUCUCACAAUUCUGUUCUGUGUUUUUGGCAAGUAUUUUUGUCAAAAUGGUUUUCCACAACAAUUUUUUGCGGUUAUCAAUUAUACUAGUCCUUUACCGUAUGAAUUCAAGACAGGUGUUCAACAGUUACUGUAUGAUUAUAAAAACUUACGAACUCGAUUUGAUAUCGAAGGUUGGAGAGCAAAACAGAAUGAAACAUAUUUAUUAGAAUAUAAACCAAAAGGGGCAGAACAAGGAUCGCCAGCUUCGGACGGUUAUACAUUGUUUAAUUUUAAUCCUGACUAUCCGCAGUUCACAAAGACACCUCCACUAUCAGACUUUGGCCCAAUUCCAUAUAGUUGGUCAGAUAAUGGUGGUCAAUUAACUAUGAAAGCAUGGUUUCCAUUGCCUAGUGAUUUGAUCAGCAAAGGUGAAGUUUGGGUACCUGAACUUCAAUUAAAUGCUGUGAGAUAUGAUUCUCCAACUAUUUGUGAUUUGAAAAAAUCUCGUAUUGGAAAAGUGCCUUGUUUAAGUUAUUUUGAAACAAAAGAUGGUACAAGACCGGUUCAAACAAUUGUUGCUCGCGCUGGUGUGGGAGAUUUUCAGAACGAUGAAUAUACUGUGGGCAUGUACUUAGCUUUUACCAAUGGUAUUCCAUCUUCCGCUGAGUCUAUGUUUGAUUUACCUGAUGAAUGGCCAUCUUAUUGUGGAAAUGCCAAUGCUGGUUAUAGUACAGAACCUACACGUGGUUUUGUCGUUACUCCAGAUGGAAAUGAUAAUUUUACAUUGAAACUGACUACACCCCUAGUUCACUCACUAGGUGAUAGUGUUACAAUAUCAUUCAAAGCUAAUCCUAGCCAGUACUAUAAUGGUACACAAUGUGCAGAAUUUAGUGGCGAAGGUGGAAGUAGAACAAUUGUUUUUAAUAGCAAGAAUUGGAAUGAACCUCAGAAUAUAACAAUGUCGUUUAAAGGUAAUUAUGGAUGUUGCUCAUAUCGAAUCAUUGGAGAAGGUGGUGGUUAUGACUGGUUAUAUUCACAAGACGGAUACACAUUUGUUGUUUACGCAUGUAAUGGAAUAUCAGGUUGGGGUUGUCAAGGAAAAGAACCAUGUGGUCAAUGA